AAAAGCCACUUGCUCAAUAGAACGCGCGUGGCGCUUGAAAAGUCAAUCUGAAACGCCAAACAAGAAAAGUGAGAAGCCAAAAGAUUUUUCGCGGUUUCUUUUCCUCCUCCUCCCUCGUACGAGAGUUUCUCAAAAACGCCAUAGCCAACGAGUGCUACCUUUCGUCUUCGCUCCAUCUUAUCUGAAAUUCGUAUCUAGUUACUUUUAUCUUUUGUCUUAUCUCAAUCAAGAUUGUUAGCGCUCUGCGGAUUUUAAAUUUCGUUUGUCUCAAAAGGUCAAAAGAAGAAUAUUCAUCGAGCUUGAUCGUCCAGUUAGGGUUUACUGGUACAGAGAGAUGGGUAGCCCCAAGAAGAAUGAUAGCAAAGGCUUCUUUGCUGCCAUGAGUUCUGGCCUCUCUAUUUUUGGUAACGCCAUGCACCGAUCUGUGAACGGGUUGCUUGGUUAUGAAGGAGUUGAAGUCAUUAACCCAGAGGGAGGAAAGGAAGAUGCAGAGGAGGAAGCUCAAAGAGGAAGGUGGAAGGAUGAGGAGCGAGAUAGUUACUGGAAGAUGAUGCAGAAGUAUAUUGGUUCUGAUAUCACAUCACUGGUGACGCUUCCUGUCAUUAUUUUUGAGCCAAUGACUAUGCUACAGAAAAUGGCAGAGUUAAUGGAGUAUUCCUACUUAUUGGAUCAAGCUGAUGAAUGUGAAGAUCCUUACAUGCGUUUGGUUUAUGCAUCAUCAUGGGCUAUAUCCGUCUACUAUGCAUACCAACGAACAUGGAAGCCUUUUAAUCCUAUUCUUGGAGAGACAUAUGAAAUGAUUAAUCACGGCGGAAUUUCAUUUAUUGCAGAGCAGGUAAGUCAUCAUCCCCCAAUGAGUGCAGGGCAUGCUGAAAAUGAACACUUCACAUACGAUGUGACAUCAAAGUUAAAAACUAAGUUCUUAGGAAACUCUGUUGAUGUGUACCCUGUUGGAAGAACUCGUGUUACUCUUAAAAGAGAUGGUGUUCUUUUAGAUUUAGUACCUCCUCCCACAAAGGUUAACAAUCUAAUAUUCGGACGUACCUGGAUUGAUUCACCGGGGGAAAUGAUCAUGACAAAUCAAACUACAGGAGAUAAGGCUGUGCUAUACUUUCAACCAUGCGGUUGGUUCGGAGCUGGUCGCUAUGAAGUUGAUGGAUAUAUUUAUAAUGCUGCUGAGGAGCCUAAAAUACUGAUCACAGGGAAAUGGAAUGAGUCGCUGAAGUGCCAACCAUGCGAUUUGGAAGGCGAACCUAUUCCAGGGGCAGAGUUGAAAGAGGUUUGGCAUGUCGCUGAUGUGCCUAAGAAUGACAAAUUUCAGUACACGUAUUUUGCACAUAAAAUAAACAGCUUUGAUACUGCUCCUAAGAAGUUGCUAGCAUCGGACUCGCGUUUGCGUCCUGAUAGAUUUGCACUUGAGCAUGGUGAUCUUUCUAAAGCUGGUUCAGAGAAGAGCAGUUUGGAAGAGAGGCAGAGAGCUGAAAAGAAAGAGAGAGAGGCCAAAGGUCAUCAGUUUGCACCAAGAUGGUUUGAUUUGACUGAAGAAGUUACUCCCACGCCUUGGGGUGAACUGGAAGUGUAUCAAUAUAAUGGGAAAUAUGCUGAACACCGGGCUGCUAUUGAUAACUCAGAAUCCAUUGAUGUGGCUGAUGUUAGAUCAACUGAGUUUAACCCGUGGCAGUUUGGCAAUUUGUCUAUGGAAUGAGGUACUCUUGUUAUCUGCUUUACUUAUCAGAAUCUGCAGUUGGUUAAUGGAACAUCUUGGUGUAAUAUGUGAAUGCAAUAGGUUGUUUCCUAGUAUGUUGUGAAUACAUCAAACUAGUUUCCUCUAUCACAGUUGCAUUUCUGAUUGACGAAAUCUUUAUAUUCUGUGUCCCAAACUCGAUUCAUCAACAUAACGGUCAGUUGCUGCUGCAACUGUGUUCCAUUGAAAGAUUAAAACAUAAAAUUGAAUAUAAAAGAAUAGGAAAAACAAGAAGAUAUUAUUAGUGAGAGACUGGCUUCUAAUUCUGUUAUCUGUACUGUACGUACUUGUUUCUUUCUUUUUUCUUUGGGUUAUAUUAUUAUUACCAGUGGCAAUUGAAGUUUAA